CGUCAUUUCCUCUCAUUAAAAAACCCCUCGAGGCAUCAGUAGUGUUACCUUGAGGUAAAUAAGUGAAAGAGAUGGUUCUCACAACCCCCUCGCCGUGACCAGCUAAACUGAGGCAAACUUUUACACCUAAAAACGAGACGAAGGGGGGGAAGUUUUGAAUUGCAUUCCCCAAAUCUGGGUGUUUGGAUGGUAUGGCUGAGUCGAACAGCGCGAGUUUCCCUCACGCGACAACGAACGGGUCCAGUCGCCAUGAGAAGAGUUUGGGUCUCCUCACAGUCAAGUUCGUCACUCUGCUUCAAGAGGCCAAAGACGGAGUGCUUGAUCUCAAAGUGGCUGCUGACAGUUUGGCAGUCAAACAGAAAAGAAGGAUCUAUGACAUCACCAAUGUUCUUGAAGGCACUGGGCUCAUUGAAAAAAAGACAAAAAACAUUAUUCAGUGGAAGGGAGAGAGUACAGGCUGCCAGCCUCAGGAAGUUCUGGAGCAGGUGGAACUUCUCAAGGCAAAUAUUGCUGAGCUAGAAAUUCAAGAGAGAGAGCUGGACAUGCAGGAAGCAUGUCUGCAACAGAGCAUCAAACAUCUGAAUGAAGACUCCUCCAGCUGCAGAUACAGCUAUGUCACACAUGAGGACAUAUGUGAUGCAUUCAGUGGAGAUACUCUUCUAGCUGUGAUUGCAACAUCAGGAACACAGUUGGAGGUCCCAGUACCUGAGAUGGGCCACAAUGGUCAGAAAAAGUACCAGAUGAACCUCAGAAGUCACUCCGCUCCCAUUCAGGUGAUGCUGAUAAACAGAGAGACAAGCUGCUCCAAGCCUGUUGUUGUCUCUGUCCCUCCUGUGGAUGACAUCUCUGCCAUGCCGACUCCCCCCAGUACUCCAGCUGGUCUGCAAAGGUUUCCCAUCUCCUCGACAGAGCUCUGUGAUCUGAAGUGCGGCCAGCUUAAAAGCCUGGCUGCAGAGCACCAGCUCACACGGUCCUCCACACCCCCAGAUGUUCACAUGGAAUGUCACCCUGAGUCCCCUGCUAGUCAGUGUUUAUUAAUGCAGGAGUCUGUUGGUGAUGCUGAGGCUGUUGAAGUACAACAGAGAGAGAAUCAGGAUCUGCAGUCCAUGCUGGAGGAAAUGAGGGAAGAGAGAGAAGGUGUUUCUGACCUCAUAGAUGAAUUGAUGUCAUCAGAUGUUUUCCCCUUGUUAAGACUUUCACCCAACCCUGGUGUGGAUUACAGUUUCAACCUUGAUGACAACGAGGGAGUCUGCGACCUUUUUGAUGUGCAGAUUCUUAAUUAUUAAGGCAUGAUUCAUGCCACGCUGGUCCACACUUGCUUUCAUAGAAAAAAAAAAAAAAAAAAAGAGGUCCCAACUGCCAACGGUUGCAUUCCUUCCUCAGUGCCUGCUCCCUGAACCUUGGCUUGCACUCAGUUUCACAUUCAUUUACAUUUCAUCCUCAGCUUGGGUUUGCAAGUCUUUAACAGUGUUUUCCUAUCUGCCUUCAACCAUGACUAAUGUUUCAGAGAAAGAGACAGGAAAAAUAAACCCCUUCCCCCCCCCCAAAAAAAACUAGACCUUAGGAACACGUACCUUGUGUGUCUAUUGUCAUUUUGUGUAAUGCAGCCGUUUGUUUGUUUUCAGUUUUGUGGUGUUGCUCAUUAUUUCUGACGAGUGAUGGCAUAAUCCGUAGAGGUGAAUGGAGUUUAGUUUGAAUGUAAUUUGAGAAAUUAACACUACCCAAACCUGACACUGUUUUGCCUGUAUGCUUGUUGGGACAUGUGCCUUAAGAUCAUCUAUUUGUUCAUUCUUUUUGUGCCACCAUUUCACAUUCUUCAUGAUACUCAUAUGAUACAUGAUACUUUAUAUUCUUACUGAGUAUAGAAAGUGCCUUUCUAAGUAACAUGAAAAUGUAUAAUAUAAUUUAACUGUAUGCAGACUUUUCUAAUUUGUUAUUUGAAUGGCUCAAUUUCUUGUGUAUAAUUAUUUAAUUACUACACUAAUUAUUUUUAUUGAAACUGUUAGUUGGUUUUGUUUGUAGUCCUUUGACAGAAACACGGUGACACUCAACUGUGCAUAUUUAUAUUGUGUUUUUGUUGCUAUUCGUAACUGAUUGCCAUGUUGGAAUAUCACUAUGUUGUUCACUUUGUUUUGAAUAGCUGAUUGAAGUUGUUUUUGUAUUUUGUAUAAUUGUAUUUUGUUUGUGUAGAGGCAAUCCUACCCAAUUUAAUUAAUAUAAUUUGUAACGUUCUUGAAUUAGAGAACAUAAAGCUGUUAAACUGCCUUGGAUAAUCGUUGUGUAUACUUUACAAAACAUAGUGCCUUUUUAUUAUUAUUUAGCAACUUUUUUUCAAAAAAAACUAAUCAAAGGAGCAAUGUUUUUGUUCUGUUGCACUUUUUUUUUUAUCAAAGUUAUGUAAACAUUUGCUAUUGCUCAAGUCCUGUUAUCAUUUAUGUUCAGGGUGGAAUUUUGACUUGGAAGCAUCUUUGUUUGUAACAUUGUAAUAUAACCCACAUGAAACAUAUUGUUUUGAGUUGUGUCAAAAUCUCUAAGGCAUCUAGCCAUCUCAAGGUCUCAAUUAUAUUGUUUUUCUGUGCAGCACAGAAUCUCUGACUUUUUUAUAAUCAUUUUUCACAUAUUGAGCAACUUAUUUUACAUUGUCAGUAUUUAAUCUAGUCUGUGCUAUUAAUCUGCAAAAUGUUUUAUGUCUCAGUCUUCCUGACGCUACCUAAUAUUCAUGUUUCCUAUUACCUUUAG